AAGGCUCCCAUUUCCUGAGAAGCCAGGCGCUGCUACCUCACAGCCAUGAGUUCUCAGACCAGCUUUGGCAGCAGCAUGCUGUUCCAGAAUAUAAACGAUGACUUGAACGCAUCGCUGGCUACAGCAGAUGAGUUAUCCAGAGAGUUCAACUCCCUGCUGAAGGAGGCCUCCUCCAACAACAACACUCAGACCAACUCUGAAGUCUCCCCGGAGAAGCCUAAGAGGGUGUCGAGUGGCAGCAGUAAUGGAAGCUCCAGCUCCAAGCCUUUAUCGCCGAGCUCAACAACUGCCCGUCUGUUGGACUCCGUCAUCUCCAGCAGUAAGAGCGCAUCCCCUCCGGUCUUCUACACCAGUCCGGUGUCAUCCCCCAAGAUCCAGAGGGCGCACUCUCCACUUCCUCGGGCUGGAUCCGACAGCUACUCGUACGGCCAGCAGGGCCCCAGGAUGGCACCUAACAGCCCGAGGCACAACUCCCCUUCUCAGUAUGACAGGAGCCCACGAAGCUCCACCAGUUACAUGGAGAGAGGCUCUUCUCCAAGUGUCAUGGCUGUUCCUGCCUCACCCUUCACCUCAUCCUCCAAAUUGCUGAGCCCUUACGACGGGAGCCAGAUGGGCCACAGGUCGCCUCGGGGAGAAAGAAGCCGCUCCCCCGUUUCUUCGAACUAUCCUAUGUCCAGCACACUUCCCAGAAACGUUGGUGUCAGGCAACCUGGUAAGAAGGGUCAGAUGGGGCCAACUUAA